AUGCCGCGACCUGGAAGAAACACCUACAGUGAUCAGAAGCCCCCUUACUCCUACAUCUCCCUCACCGCCAUGGCCAUCCAGGGAUGUCCCGAGAAGAUGCUCCCUCUCAGCGAAAUCUACAAGUUCAUCAUGGACCGUUUCCCCUACUACAGGGAGAACACGCAGCGGUGGCAGAACUCCCUGAGACACAACCUUUCCUUCAACGACUGCUUCAUCAAGAUACCCCGGCGACCGGACCAGCCGGGCAAGGGGAGUUUCUGGGCGCUUCAUCCGAGCUGCGGAGAUAUGUUCGAGAACGGGAGUUUCCUGAGGCGACGCAAGCGCUUCAAGCUGAUGCUGGCGGCGGACCACCUGGCGCCCAGCAAGCCGUCGGACGCGGCGCACUACCUGCAGCAGCAGGCCAAACUCCGCCUGAGCGCACUGGCCGCCUCGGGGACGCACCUCCCGCCGAUGUCCGGGUACAACAUCGGCGUGUCCCAGCCGUCCACCUUCAAGCACCCGUUCGCCAUCGAGAACAUCAUCGCCAGAGAGUACAAGAUGCCAGGGGGGCUGGCCUUCUCGACCAUGCAGUCCAUGUCGGCCGGCUACCCGCUCCACAACCAGCUGACCACCGCCUGGCCCCACAUGUACAGCUCCAGCGUGAUGGACACCAUAGCGCCGAUUACAAUGGCCGGUGAUUACUCGCCAUACGGAAUGCCACUCAAGUCUCUUUGCCACGUAGGCCAAACUUUACCCGCAAUCCCGGUGCCGAUUAAACCCAUGCCGGCCUCCCUGCCGGGCCUCUCCGCGAUGCCGACUCACAUCCCCGCGUUUCUCGCCCAUUCGCCCCAGUCGCUGAGCCCCACGUCCCCCCAGACAGCGACCAGCCAGAGCCCCGCGGCGCCGGGCGAGACCCUCACGAGCCCCCCCGCGGGGCUGCAGUCCGCGGUGGCCGUUCACUGA